UCAUCUAUUUACUUCAUUCAUUGCCCAUUGGCAAAUGGUCACAUAUAUCCGUUCUAAGGGCAUGGCACUGCUGUAUUGAGUUAUUUUUCUAAAAUUUAGUGCGAUCGUAAUAAUGAUAUCAAUACUCUUAAAUAUUUCUUUGGGACUAAGUGUUAGUAUUUGUAUCUAAUUUGUGAUAUCGCAGCAAGAUUUCUUUGUAAAAAAAUUACUUUUUUAAAACAAGUUUUGAGUGAUAAAUACAGGUAUAAAAAAAUGGUAUGAUUUGCAAAGCUCAAAAUGCAAACUCACUCAAUGGCUUACCUAAAAGCGGUACAAUGUGGUUAGUUGAUUUCACACACUGUGCAUCCAUGAAUGAAGGAUAUGGAAAAUUUUUUUGCUUCCGUUACUGUAGCAGUUUAUCUUGUCUGGCCGAAUCUCAGACUGUUGAUCUUGACUCUGUUUACAAAUUAGCAACAGACAGUAAUGAGAAUGCAAAACAAUCAAAGAUUUGUGAAAGCUGUACUGAAACUACUAAUUCAGAGAAAUUGGUACAGUGUGAAGCUAAAGAUUUUGAAACAAAAGCUGAUGUUUAUGAUAAUAAGAAAGCUUCAGUUGCAGAAAACAGUGAUUAUCUUAAAAUAUGGCUAGAAUCUCCUGUCCCAGAUUCCCCACCACCACCACCACCACUUCCUCCUCGCACCUAUAAACAUAAACCUUUAGGGAGAACAUUAGCUGUGUCACCAACCUCUACCAUACCAUUAGAUACUUUAAGACAGCUUAAACCUAAAGAGUUAUUUGAGGGUUCCAAUUUGAAUAACAUUUCAUUUAUGGAUGAGCCAAAUAGUCAUAAAUCUCUGACUAGGGUUUCUAGUCCAGCCGGAGACCAUACUAAUAUGAAAUAUUCUGUUCAGAAAACAUUAUUGAAUGAUGUAAGAGAUCAUUCAAGAUUUAUGAUGGUAACUAAUGAAAAUAGAAAACCAAAAAGAGCAGAAAGUAAAAAUGACACACCAUUACCUCCAGAUUGGGAAGCCAGAAUGGAUAGUCAUGGUCGAAUAUUUUAUAUUGAUCAUCGUAAUCGAACAACAACAUGGCAAAGACCAUCAAAACAAAAUUGUGAUAUACAUUAUUAUCAUCAACAAAGACAACAAUUGGAUCGAAGAUAUCAAAGUAUACGUAGAACAAUAUCGCAAGAUACAGAUUUUAUUUCAUUAACAAGAGCUGAUUCCUUGCGUUCAGAUACAUUAAAAAAUAAAUUUAGGGAUCAUGGAAAUGUAGCACUACAUUUUAUUAGUAAGAAAGAAUUUCCAACAUUGUUACAACAAAAUCAGAAAGCACUAGCAUUAUAUAAUAGUUCAUCAAUUUUAAAAUACGUAGUGCCUAAAGUACGAAAUCAUCCUUCAUUAUUUCAACGAUAUCAAAGCCAUAGUGAUUUGGUUAGUUUACUCAAUUUAUUUGCAAAUACUAGAGCUGCUCUUCCUAAAGGAUGGACUUCUAAAAUUGAUGCUGCUGGCAAGGUGUUUUUUACAAAUCAAGGCACAAAAAUAACAACAUUUAUUGAUCCAAGAUUACCCAUAAAUGAUAAUUAUAUAUCACUUCCAUCUACAUCUCAAGAACCACCAAUACCACCUCCUCGUCCAACUAUUACACAUAAUGAUAAUAUGCUUACUGACUCUAUAGAUAUACCUACUGCUUAUAAUGAAAAAGUUGUAGCAUUUAUUCGGCAACCUAAUAUAUUAGAAAUUUUAACUGAGAGGUAUCCUCAACUCUCUACUGAUCAAAACUUAAAAGAUAAAAUCAAUCAUAUCAGAAUUGAUGGAAUUUCUGCAUUAGACACCUUUGGAAAUGAACUAGAACUUACAAUUUUAUUGAGUUUGUUUGAAAAUGAAAUUAUGAGUUAUGUACCUAUAAGGACAAGAGACACCAAGUUAUCUCCUCAUCAAUCACCUAUAUUGAAUAAAGCAAAUAGAACUGUUCCCCCGUUUAAAAGGGACUUUGAAGCUAAACUUAGAAAUUUUUAUAAAAAAUUAGAAUCUAAAAGUUACGGUCAAGGUCCAGGAAGACUCAAAAUUGAUGUACGACGAGAUCAUCUUCUUCAAGAUGCAUACAACAAAAUUAUGAGUGUGCCUAAAAAAGAUUUGCAAAAAUGUAAACUUUCUGCACAAUUUGAUAAUGAAGAAGGACUUGAUUAUGGAGGUCCAUCUAGGGAGUUUUUUUUUCUUAUAUCAAGAGAGUUAUUCAAUCCUUAUUAUGGUUUAUUUGAAUAUUCUGCCAAUGAUACUUAUACUGUUCAAAUAUCGCCUAUGUCGGCAGCAUUUGUUAACAAUAAAGAAGACUGGUUUAGAUUUAGUGGACGAGUUUUAGGUUUAGCAUUAGUCCAUCAAUAUCUUUUAGAUGUUUUUUUCACUCGUCCAUUUUAUAAAACUCUUUUAAAACUACCAAUGAGUUUGAGUGACUUAGAAUCUGUUGACCGUGAAUUCCAUCAGUCAUUAUGUUGGAUAAAAGAACGAGAUAUAUCUGGAGAAAUGUUAGAUUUAACAUUUUCAGUGACUGAAGAAGUAUUUGGCCAAAACAUUGAAAAAGAUCUAAAACCUGGUGGUCAACGUAUAUUUGUUACAGAGAAAAAUAAAAAGGAAUAUAUAGACAAAAUAGUUAAAUGGAGAUUAGAACGUGGUGUUACUGAACAAACUGAAGCUUUAGUUCAAGGAUUUUAUGAAGUUGUUGAUCCAAAGUUAGUGUCAGUUUUUGAUGCACAAGAGCUAGAACUAGUCAUUGCUGGAACAGUUGAAAUUGAUUUAAAUGACUGGAGAAUAAAUACAGAGUACAGAUCAGGUUAUCAUGAUUCUCAUCCAGUCAUUAAAUGGUUUUGGUUCUCAAUAGAACAAUUCACUAAUGAGCAGAGAUUAAGGCUUUUGCAGUUUGUAACUGGAACUUCAAGUAUACCUUAUGAAGGAUUUUCAGCAUUGCGAGGUUCUACUGGACCUAGAAAAUUUUGUAUUGAAAAAUGGGGUAAAACCAACAGUCUACCAAGAGCACAUACAUGUUUCAAUCGCCUUGACUUACCACCAUACACAACUCAAGAUAUACUUAGUGAAAAAAUUUUACUGGCAGUAGAUGAAAGUAAUACAUUUGGAAUGGAAUAGUCUUGGUUUUUAUUUCAUUUUACAAUGAAGUUUAGUCUAAAAUUCGUAGCAAUACGUAAUAGACCACACAUUUAUUAUUGAAUAUUUUUAAGACUUUUUGUUAUUUUUUAUUUAAAAACUUUAGGAAGUGAAAAUUAUA